AUGGCACAAGACCAUAGGAAGCUCAGUUCAGAAAUGAUUAGCCACAACAUUAGAGAACUUUUCAACCAAGACGCUUCACUUAAGGUGAAGGUGAUCAUUGCCCAUAUUCUUGAAAAAUACAAGUACAUAAUAUCUUACAGGAAAGCAUGGAUCUCUAAGUGUAAGGCCAUAGAGUCGCUCUACGGAAAUUGGGAAACAUCUUACAAUGACCUGCCAUAG